CCCCUUCUCUACCAACAACCGUUACCAGAAGAUGACCCAGUAAACUGGUAGCUUUCACCUAAACCUCGUUUCUCAUGGCACUCAAGCGAUACACGAAAUCCAUCGAUUCUACCAUCCCUGUUCCUGCUUUGCUCUACACUGAUGAACGCCUCUUCUCUUCACAGAGCGGUGUAGGCAUAUACGAUGGGCAGCAGAAAUCUCCGAAUCACCAAUCUGGCACUGUUCACGUCUCGUCGCACCGUUUAUUCUUUACGGACACCCGCCUCAAUUCCUUUGCUUUGGAUCUCUCAUACGUUGUGCAAACAGAAUAUUAUGCUGGUCUAUUCACCUCGUCGUCCAAAGUGACCCUCCAUUUGACCUCCCAGACAUUGCCCGGUGCGCCUGAACCCGAAGUUUGGGAAUGCCAUGUCUGUGGCAAUCGCAACCCUCCUGGAACCAGUCCAACAGCAUCUCGUGUAUGCACUCUUUGUGGCGUGCGACGCGAAUCUCCGUCUAUGCCAUCUACUCCGAUUCCUGCAGCGUCAGACGCCGUCGCAUGCCCUGCUUGCACAUUCCUAAAUAGCCCUUCUAACACGACGUGCGAGAUAUGCACGGCUGAGCUACCUGUUCCCUUGGCACCCGAAAUCUCUUUGAUUAAGCUAAGUUUCCGCAAAGGCGGCGAUAAGGCAUUCUACUCCAAUCUCAAGUCGUGCUUGAAGACAAAGGCAUGGAGGCUCGCUGUUGAUGACCCAUUACCAUUCGGUUCAGGAAUCAAUGGCAUUCUUCAAACAGUGGCAACCUCGAAUCAAGGGCAGGAGACAAACAUGAAAGAUGCGCUUCGAGACCUCGAAGCUUUGAUGUUGAAAGCCAAGGACAUGGUCCGACUCGCCGCCGACCUGAAUGAACGACUGACCACAUCGACAGCUGCUAAUCCUGCCUCUGAGCCAGAAGAAGCGACUUUUAUCAGGUCGUCACUCUCGCAGCUAGGAUUGCAGAUGGACAAUGCUCCAGUUACUCUUGAUAUGAUGCGGGAUGAACGGGAAUGGAUCAACCAGCUGGCGAGAGAACUUGCACAGGUGCUACAGACAAUCAUGAAAGACCGGGGCAUCAUUGCUUUAGACGAAGUGUGGGGCGGCUGGAAUCGUGCUCGAGGUGUCGCGCUCAUACCCCCGGCGAUGUUCUUGCAGGUUUUGCCCCAUCUUCCUGUGUAUACCACGCCUACCAUUCAGACACGCCAGCUUCAUUCAGGGUUGACUGUCCUUCAUACACCCCCUUUUUCCCACGCGUCGUUUUCAGCGCGUCUAGUCGGGUUCCUCUCUUUGAAUGGGCCCCAGACAUCUGCGGAGAUUGCGCAAGAAGAGGAAAUCACGGUCGGUUUGGCCGAGGGAAUGAUUGGUGCAGUCGAAGCAGAUGGGCAGGUCUGUAGAGAUGAUGAGGCUUCUGCUCUUAAUGGUGGAAGCGCUGUUGGAGUUAUUAGAUGGUGGUCCUGGACAGAAUUCGAUAGUUAUAAUUAUGAUGGGCAGCAAUAACCAAUUCAUACUAGUACUAGUAGUUUUACUGUAGCCUAAGUGCAAAUUUGACGCUAGCCAUAUAUGUUGCUCUACGGUGA